UGUGUAUAAGGAGUGUGAAAGAAUAGAGAUGAAGGUUUGAAAGGUGUUGUCUAUGGCUUUGUCCACCACAUUGGAAACCCCUCGCACAUUUGGAAUGUUCCAGUCGCAGGUGGAGGGUACAGUGAAAGCCAGCUGGCAGGAACCUCAGUCAGAACAUCUUCAGCCUGCCACCUCAGCCAAACUCGGGCAAAUCUCUUGGAGAAUCUCAAAAUGGAACCCAGGUGCACUUCAUGAUCCAUCUGUCUAUUGUCUGGGAUUGGGGGGCAAUGGGGGUCACCCCAGGAUGGUUAGCUGUGAUGAGGGGAAAGGUUUGAAAACAGCAAAGAAACCUUUGUUUGAGUUUCACCAUCCCACACUGGAACUGAAUGCGUACAAUCGAGAAUCGCACCAGGUAAAGCACAGCUGGUUCUCACUGAAGUUCUCUUGAUGGAAAUUUCUGUGAACAAGAUCCCUUGAUUUUCAGUGCAAAGUUUCCCAACUCCUCAAAGGAGGGAGGUGGUGGCACAGUGGUCCAGAACCCCAGGCUUAUAGUUGGGGCUUGAAUCCCAUCACAGAAGAUGGUAGAAUUUGAACUCAAUACAAAUCUGGAAUUCAGAGUCUAAUGAUGAUUAUUAAUCUAUUGCCAAUGAUUGGAAAAAUCCACCCGCUUCACUAAUGUCCUUCAGGAAGCUGGCAUCCUUACCUGGUCUGGCCUGUAUGUGACGCAGUUGACUAUUAACUCAAAAGGCCAAUCAAUAUCCACAUCUCAUGACUGGAAAUAAAUGUUAACUGCCGGGCUUUCAGUGGCAAAAAAUAUUUAGCUGCUGAAAAGUGCAACUUGAAGUCAGGAUGACUGUUUCUGAAGAAGUAAAUCUCAAAUAAGAAUGACCUCAGGUUAAAUGGGAUGGGGUGGGAGGAAUAAUGUGAGGGUGAAGGGGACAGAAAUCGGCGGGACUGCUGCGCGUCCACUGAGGAUUCGCAGAUGGUGGCACGCACUGGAAGGGCCGAGCGGCCGCUCACUGACGGCGGGAACAACGCGGUGCCGGGACAAAAUCUGACCUCCGGGGUCCCCCAACACCAGCCCGGUCUGCCGUCAAUGCCCGUCGGUUGGACUGGAGUAGGUUUGAAUUAAAAUAUAGUGGAGAGGGAGGAACUGGGAACAGGUAAAUCCGCGUGAAAGCUGAACAUUUGCAAAAUUUUGGACCUGGAGAUACUCAUUGUUGGUUUGAGGGUGCGUGCGGGUUCGGGUUUAAACAGAAGAAAAAAAAAAUCUGUGCCAACAGCUUUAAAACCUUGUGUUAGAAGGCGGUGCAGUGUUGAAAGCAUCACGCAGGGCUGUAGGUAAGUCGCUGACAAUUAUUUACCCCCUAGCUCCUGAUAUUUAAGGGGAAGCGAGAGGGAGAGAGCAUAGGAGGUGCAGUAUACAUAGAGAGAGAAAGACCCAGACAUAGACAGGCACACAGUAUUACUGGAUGAACCUGCAGCUACCUGCCGCGCCCGAGCGGGCCUCCUCCGGGGAACACUCGGGGAAUGAGUCGGGCGCCUGGGCUCCGACGGGUCGUCCGUCCAACUGGAGCGGCGGAGGUUGGCCGGAGGGGGCGGCGGACGAGGACGUGAGGAUGGUGGUGAUCCAGUUCGUGUACGCGCUGGUGUGCCUGGUGGGGCUGGCGGGCAACGCCAUGGUCAUCUUUGUCAUCCUGAGGUACGCCAAGAUGAAGACGGCGACCAACAUCUACCUGCUCAACCUGGCGCUGGCCGACGAGCUCUUCAUGCUCAGCGUCCCGUUCGUGGCGGCGGCGGCGGCCCUCGACCGCUGGCCCUUCGGCCCGCUCAUGUGCCGGGCGGUGCUGAGCGUGGACGGACUCAACCAGUUCACCAGCGUCUUCGGCUUGACCGUGCUCAGCGCCGACCGCUACGUGGCCGUGGUGCACCCCAUCAAGGCGGCCCGUUACCGGCGCCCCAGCGUCGCCCGGCUCGUGAACCUGGGCGUCUGGCUGCUCUCGCUGCUGGUCAUCCUGCCCAUCGUGGUGUUCGCCGGCACCGCGCCCGUCGGUGGCGGCAGCGAUUCCGCCGUCAAUCCCGGCGUCAACCUGGCCCCUGGUUCCGCCGGGGGCUCCGCUCUAAAGGUGGGCAUCAGUUCCGGUGUAGGCUUCAGUGUAAGUCCCGGCGUAAAUAUGGGCGCUAAUUCCAGUGUAAUUCCUGCUGUAAGUUUGGGCAUCAAUUCCAGAGUAGGAUCCAGUGUAAAUCCCAGUGUAAGUGUGAAUGGAGGAUCCAGUGUAAAUCCCAGUGUAAGUGUGGGUGUAGGUUCCAGUGUAAAUCCCAGUGUAAGUGUGGGUGUAGGUUCCAGUGUAAUUCCCAGUGUAAGUGUGAAUGGAGGAUCCAGUGUAAAUCCCAGUGUAAGUGUGGGUGUAGGUUCCAGUGUAAAUCCCAGUGUAAGUGUGAAUGGAGGAUCCAGUGUAAAUCCCAGUGUAAGUGUGGGUAAAGGAUCCAGUGUAAAUCCCAGUGUAAGUGUAGGUGUAGGUUCCAGUGUAAAUCCCAGUGUAAGUGUGAAUGGAGGAUCCAGUGUAAAUCCCAGUGUAAGUGUGAGUGUAGGUUCCAGUGUAAAUCCCAGUGUAAGUGUGGGUAAAAGAUCCAGUGUAAAUCCCAGUGUAAGUGUGGGUGUAGAUCCCAGUGUUGAUUCCAACGGCAAGGUGAUGUGCGCGUUUCUCUGGCCGCAGCCAGCCUGGUCAGUGGCAUUUGUCGUCUACACCUUCCUGCUGGGCUUCCUGUUGCCUGUGCUGGCCAUCAGCCUAUGCUACCUGCUCAUCAUUCUGCAGACCCGGGCGGUGGCCCUCAAAGCCGGCUGGCAGCAGCGCCGGCGCUCCGAGCGCAAGCUCACCCGCCUGGUGCUGACAGUGGUCGCUGUCUUCGUGGUCUGCUGGCUGCCUUUCUACGCCGUGCACCUGGCUGGUGUCUUCCUGGCCCAGCGCAACACCACUGUUAACCACCUCUGUGUGAUCCUCAGCUACGCCAACAGCUGUGCCAACCCCAUCCUCUACGGCUUCCUGUCCGACAACUUCAGGCGCUCCUUUCAGCGGAUCCUGUGCUUCCGUUGGCUGGAGAAUGACACCGAGGAGCCGGUUGACUAUUGCUCCACUGCUCUCAAGAGCAAAGUGGGCAGCCCAUUGGAGUUCCAGCCUGCUGAGGACAUUGCCUCUGAGUCUGUUUAUAGAAAUGGUACUUGCACAUCAAGAACAACCACCUUGUGAAUUCAGACACAAGGACCUCUUGACAGUUUUCCAGGUCAAAUCUAUUUUACUAAAGGUUAUUCGCUUUUGAUGAUGUUGUCAGUUCGACCAUUUGUUAUAAGCCAGUUUCAUGAGGGAUUUAUGAUGGUGAGUGUCCAUUAGACACAAAUGUGUGCCCUUGUAACUUACCUGGUGAAUCUCUCUCUCUCUCUCUUUACUGUGUGUCCCCAUCCCUCGCUAUUCACUGAGAGGAGCUGGGGUAAAAGAGAAAGAGCAGAAAGUGCUGGAGAAAUUCAGCAGUGUUCUGACAGUAUGUAUGAGAGGAGAAAAACAGAGGGAGGUUUGGCCUUAAUGACAUUUAACUCGGCUCAGAUGCUGACAGCUUGCGGAGGUUCUCCAGCAUAUUAUGUAUUGUUUUUAAAAAUAAUUUCAGACAUCCAGUAUGCAUGGUCUUUUUAAAUAUAUGCUUUUAUAUUAACAUGGGCUGCAUUGACAACCUCUGUUUUUCCACCUGUAAGGGAAUUUGCCCAGGGUGGUCCAUCCAUCAAACUUUACAGAGGUCUGAAGGUCCAUUCUGUAACCUGAUUUUUAGACCGUGUCAAAUAAGUAGCUGGGAUCACACUAUUUGGCCCAGCACCCAAUAUUUAUUAUAGCACUAAUCCUUUGCUCAAGGUGUGGGGGAAAUGACAGAAUGCAUUGUACUAUUUUAGCAGAAAACCCAGAAUAUAAACUCCCACACAAGAUCAGAAUAGUAAUUGUUGCAACAACAGUUUGUUGGGUUGUGUUAAGAAAGUGACUGCCAAUGUUUGAACUAUAUCCAUAUCAACAUUUGCUUAAAAGGCAGGGGAUGCUAUCCAAAUGUGUAAUUGCUCCCCCAACCACAUUCACAGUCUGUAUUAUUUUCCCAAUCAUGUCUUUGCAAGUAUAAUGCUGCUAGGUAUUCAAAGAUUGUGGGCUAUAAAUUUCAAUUAGUCUCACCUUUAAAAUGGUAACUACAGACUGCACAGUCACUGUGUGUCAGUGAUAUUCUGAUAUUCAAUUUACAGAGUUGAGUGGGCAAUGCUGCGGGCUGACAGCUUUAUAACAUUAAAGUGUCUCCACUCAAAUAGAACAAAAAAAGAUGCAAGGUCAUAAAGUAUAGCCAUGUCUCAAAGGCUUAUUUUUCACACUUGUGGGAUGGUCAAUCUUUGGAAUUCUUUACUCCAGAGGGCUGUUGAACCUCAGUCAUUGAGUAUAUUACAGAUGGAGAUCGAUACAUGUCUCGAGAUUAAAAGCAUUAAGAGAUAUAGGAAGUGUGGAAAAAUGGUAUUGAGACAGAAGGUCAGUCCUGACCCAAUUGAAUGGUGGAGCAGGCUUGAUGGGCCAAAUGACCUACUUCUGCUCCUCUGUUCCUAUGGAUUAGAUUAAAGAUGUGUACAGGUACAUAGUUUAGAAAUUGUGCUAUUCAAGUUGAUAGUUAAAAUAAGGUUAAUAUGGAGCUAAUGAACUAAGGUAACAUCUGAUAUGAACACACAUCAGGUAAGAAAGAAUGGAAACAUUAAUUCUUUCACUCAGACCUGUAAAGAUAAUUCUCUCAUCCACAAAAUGAACUGUGGAAAGAAAAAUGCACUAUUCAGCUUAAAAGCACACUUGUAGCUACCAAAAAUAGAAUCUUAAUAUUCAACUUAUUGCUAAUCAUAAAGAGAAUCAUUGUACCCCCUUAAACAAAGUUACAUUUAAAAAUGAAGAUUCAGAUUAUAUCUUCAGUGGCACACUGAACUGCUUUUCUUUUAAUGCUGUUGUAGAAGCAGCUAAUUUAUCCAUAUUCAGAAGACCUUCAGCACAUCACAAAAUGCUUUAUAACCAAGAAAGAGCUUUGAAAAAUAUAGUCUCUGUUGCAGGGAACUGCAACAAUUACAUCAUUAAAUAAAUGACAGGUGAUCUGACUUUAGGUGUUGUUUGACAGGUACAUAUUGGAGAGACACCUCCAGAUUUUCUUCAAAAAGCUUAAUGGGAAAUGAACACUCACUAGAGAGAACAAACUACAUCUUUGUUCAGCCAUUCAGCGUAUUUCUGCUGUGCUCACAGAAGUGUCAGCCUUAAAUAUCUUGCAAAUCAAAAGGGUCUUGAACUUCUGACCUUUUAAUGUGGAUGUGAGAACACUGGGCUAAGGCUGAACCUGAGCUUGGCUUUUUCUUUACCACCACCAAAUCGUUGAUGUUACCAAUUCAAAGAUCAAUUUGCAAACACAGCCCACCGGGGCAGUGCAACAACAACAAAAGUGAGGGCACGACAGGGAGAGAAAGAGAAAGAAGGGACUAAAUUAAAAGAAGGCACUUCAUCCUCCACUGUGUCCAUCUCUCUUUAAAGGCUUUGAGGGUGUUGAUAGACACCAAGGCCCCGUCUUCAAGGAUAGCUGGGUGUGAAGAUAGCCAUGGAAGAGCGGCAGACAGUUGGAGUUGGCCUAUUUAAUGAAAGAAUUAGUUAUUCAAUAAUAAAAUUGAACUUUCUGGACCCUUAAGAUAUUUAAACAAUAGACAAUAGGUGCAGAGUAGGCCAUUUGGCCCUUCAAACCAGCACCACCAUUCAUUAUGAUCAUGGCU